AUGAGAUUUUCUUUCACUUUCUCUGUCCUGGUGACAAUUGACGUGAUCACAACAUCACCUAUUCCUCAAAACCCUGGUCAACAAUCAGUCGUGAGCAACGGUGCUACCUUUACCCCCGUGGCUGGACAGGGUGCCGCUGCUAGCACACCACAGUUAGCUAACACCGCAGCAGCAGGAAUCCCCCUUCCUCCCACGGGAGCUCCAGGAGGUCAAGUAUUUCUGGGACCUAAUGGACAAUUGAUGACGGGUCUUCCACAAGGUACCCCACUUGGUAGUGUAGUCUUACCCAACACGGCUACUCCGAAUCGAGUCAAUCAAAAUGAUAUUAAUGGUGGACAACUAAUCGCUCCAAGCGGCACACCUAUUAUGUCGAAUACUCCUAUAGUUCCCGGUCCUGGUCUUCCGACAAACCAGGCGACAAAACCUCGCCUAAUCCCUGGUCCUGGUCUUCCUACAAACCAGGCGACUAAUCCCACUCUUAUUCCUGGUCCCGGUCUUCCGACAAACCUCAUGACGAACACACCUAUAGUGCCCGGGCCUGGUCUUCCGACAAACCAAGCCCCUCGACUGACAUCAAACAAUCCUACUCAACAACUUCAAAAUGGACCUAUCAAUACAAGUAAUUUACAAUUAGGAAAUCCUCAAACUAUAAUCACAACACAAAAUGGUCUUCCUCCUACUACAACUAUCACACAAACUACCAACACUAUAAGACCACAAACUAUACAACAAACUGGACUGAAUCAGCCUUUGAUUGCAGCAAAUGCUCAGUUAAACUUUCCAUUUGGAUUUGCAGGUCUUGGAAUUAAUCUUGGAGGCGGUGCUGGUGUUCAAAGUAGACCUAUUACCCAAUUUAAUAAUCCUCCAAUCCUUCAAACUGUUGAGACUGUUCAAACUUUUCAGGUUAAUAGAGCACAGGAAGAUAACCCUGCUGAAAAUUCUGAACCUGCUCAGAUUAAUAGAGCACAAGAAGAUAAACCUGUUGAUAGUGAUGAACCUGUUCAGAUUAGUAGAGUACAAGAUGAUAAUAUAAUUGAACAAUAA